CCUCUUCUUCCGCCACCCCCCGGUACAGACAGUCCAGGCCAGUUCUGUGAAUAGGAAAGAUGCCUCCAAAAUUCAAGCGCCACCUAAACGACGACGAGGUGACCGGCUCGGUGAAAAGCGAAAGGAGAAACUUGCUGGAAGAAGAUUCUGACGAGGAGGAGGACUUCUUCUUGAGAGGACCCGCAGGACCAAGGUUUGCACCCAGGAAUGACAAGAUCCGGCAUGUCCAGAACCAGGUGGACGAGGUGAUCGACGUGAUGCAGGAGAACAUCACCAAGGUGAUCGAGAGGGGCGAGAGGCUGGAUGACUUGCAGGAUAAGUCAGAAAGUUUAUCGGACAAUGCCACUGCAUUUAGCAACCGAUCCAAGCAGCUUCGGAGACAGAUGUGGUGGCGAGGCUGCAAGAUGAAGGCCCUUGUAGCAUUGGUUGCCAUCACCCUCCUGCUUGUGAUCAUCAUACCCAUCAUCCUGAAAUACCGCACUUGACGGGACGGCUGGAGAUCUCCGGGGCAGCCGCUCGGCCGAUAAAACCAGCUGUGUAAUUUACGUGAAACAAGUGUAUAUAGCGACGGCGAUGUUCCCUCGAGGCGGAGGCAAGUCGCCUGCUCUGAGGGCAUUCCGAGAAUGGCCCAACGACUCCCUUUUCGUGGACCCUGACUUAUAACCAGG